AUGGAGAGCCCAUCCACCUCACUCGCGUCUGAGAAAGAGAGGCAGGUAAAUGUAGUCGACUGGCAUGGCAAUGACGAUGCGGCAAACCCCAGAAACUUCGCCUCAUGGAAGAAGACUAUCAACAUCGCCUGUAUAUUCGUCAUGUCUUUUGUCUCGCCAUUCACGUCUUCUGUGGUCGCCCCAGCGAUUCCAGAGAUCAUGAAAGACUUCAGAUCCACCGAAACUUACUCAUCCGCCUUCGUCCUGAGUAUCUACGUCCUAGACUACGCUUUUCGACCACUCCUCAUUAGCCCCCUCUCCGAGCAGUACGGCCGACUGCCUUUGUACCACCUGUGCAACGUGCUCUUCACCAUAUGCACUUUGGCCUGCGGGCGCGCAAACUCACUCGGUGUCUUGGCUGUUUUCCGGUCUUUUGCUGGUGUGGGCGGAAGUAGUGUAUUCGGUCUUGCACCAUCAAGCCUCGGAGACCUCAUGGUGAAAGAGAAGCGCGGAGGCGUCAUGGCAUUGAUAGGUCUGGCAUAUAACCUUGGUCCAGCAAUUAGUCCCCCAGCAGGCAGCUACCUCAAUGCUGCGAAAGGAUGGCGACGGAUCUUCUAUCUCACUGCUAUCCUUGGUGGGAUAGGUGCAGUCCUUAGUAUGCUUUGUUUGUCGGAAACCUACGAGCCGGUUCUACUUCGGUGGAAAACAGUGCGACUGCGGAAUGAGACUGGGAAUGAGAACUUACGAGCAAGACUUGAUGUGGGUACGGCAGCAGGUAAGCUGGAAGCUUUUAGCACUGCGAUGUUUAUGCCGCUUCGAAUGCGAUUCUUGUCACGUCCGAUCUUCUUUACCUCACUCCUUACUGCUAUCGGUUACGGCUACAUCUAUGUCCUGUACACGACCCUCCCAACCACGUUUGUCGAAACGUACAAGUGGGCGCCGAAAAGCCUGGGCCUCGCCUAUAUGGGCACUGCAUUCGGCAACCUCAUUGGUCCACGUGUCUACCGUUCCGCCGACGCACCCAAAGAAAGUGUUUCGUCGAUCCCAGGCACUAUGAAGAUCGUCGUCGGGCCAGAGCCAGAGCCAAAUAACCAACGAACCUGGUAUCUGCCUAAAGCAAAGUUGUCACGGUACUCUGACAUCUUCAAAUCUAUCAUCGCCACAGACGACACAGUAUCAGAAGUUGAACUGCCAACUAUCAGUCCCAACUCCUUUGCCGAGUUCGUCUCUUUCAUGCACUCAAACAUUUACAGUACCAACACACAGGUCGCCGGGUACCGUGGUAUACGAGCACACGCGGAUUCUUGUCUCCUUGCCGCCAAGCUAGAAGCAGAUGAGUACUGGGAAGCAGCAAUGCGAAAGCUAUACGAUCUAUUCCUACCGCUCGCGAAAUCUAGAAGAUCCGACGCCAAACAAUCUCUCAUUCGAGCCGGUGAUGUUGCAUACAUAUGUGCCAAUACCACAGAAGAGAACCUACGACGUGUGGUAACCAUCAACUCGGAACCUCUUACAAGUGACACUCCCUUGAACCCGCAGAUCAAGCUCACGACCGAUGAUGGUUUCUCCGGCGCUCUUCCUGUACCUCCUAAGAGAGGCUACCACAGUCACGAUGUCGGCGCCAUGAAAGGACUCCGCACACUCUUCUUUGACGCCCUAGCUUCACACUGGACACGUAGUGAUGUGAUUUACAUCGGCGCGCAAGACUCACCACGCGGCGGUGGCAGCAACAAGAACGAUGUUCCUGGCGAUAGCACCACAUGGCGACAAGUAUGUGACAUGUACCCGGACUUUCACUUCCAUAUCACCAGGACUUCUGAUGUGCAGCAUUGGUGGAGGACAUCUUUGCUCAAGAACAUUAAUACUUAUCUUAACCCGGUCGGUAUACAAUUCGCUGGUGGGCCGGGAGGUGCGAGUAGUGGGGGUGCUGUAGUCAGAAAGGAGGCUGUUGAUAAGAUCAAGAUCAAGGUGGAAGAGGUCGAGACAGAUGAAGAGCUUGAGAUGGAGCCGGCGACGCGACGCCCCAGGCUCACACUCAGACUGGAAGGAUCGAAUGGAAGUACCAGUGGGGAUGAAUUUGACUAUUUAGAGCAAGCGUCGAGUAAUGCUGGGGGCGAGGAUGGAAAAAUUGAGGAGGGCGUUGACAGUGAUAGAAGCACGGUUGUAGAUGGAGGGUCUGAGGGCGAGGAGCUAGCACCUCAAGAUACAAACGAGGAUCAGGAUUAG